AUGCCUCGUAUGAUUGCUGAAAUCAAAGAUUUCUUGCUGACAGCAAGAAGAAAGGAUGCAAAAUCUGUGAAAGUCAAGAAGAACAAAGAUAAUGUAAAAUUUAAGGUACGGUGCAGUAGGUAUCUGUACACACUAGUCAUCACAGACAAAGAAAAGACUGAAAAACUCAAACAGUCCUUGCCCCCAGGUUUGGCUGUCAAAGAACGCAAGUGAAGAGCUGCAAUUUCAAUGUUCAGAUUUUAUUGAA